CCUCGCCCUCGCCCUCGCCCCGCCGCUGCAGCUCGUCGUCCGCGGCCGCCGCUCGACGCACGGAUGUGAUCUUCGUGGUUGGAAGCUAAGUUUUUAAACUACCCCAAUGGAUGCAGACAGUGAUGUUGCAUUGGACAUUCUAAUUACAAAUGUAGUCUGUGUUUUUAGAACAAGAUGCCAUUUGAACUUAAGGAAGAUUGCUUUGGAGGGAGCAAAUGUAAUUUAUAAGCGUGAUGUUGGAAAAGUAUUAAUGAAGCUUAGGAAACCUAGAAUUACUGCUACAAUUUGGUCCUCAGGAAAAAUUAUUUGCACUGGAGCAACAAGUGAAGAAGAAGCUAAAUUUGGUGCCAGACGUUUAGCUCGCAGUCUGCAAAAGCUAGGUUUCCAGGUAAUCUUUACAGAUUUUAAAGUUGUAAAUGUUUUGGCAGUGUGUAACAUGCCAUUUGAAAUCCGUUUGCCAGAAUUCACAAAAAACAAUAGACCUCAUGCCAGUUAUGAACCUGAACUUCAUCCUGCUGUGUGCUAUCGAAUAAAGUCUCUAAGAGCUACGUUACAGAUUUUUUCAACAGGAAGUAUCACAGUAACAGGGCCCAAUGUAAAGGCUGUUGCUACCGCUGUGGAACAAAUUUACCCAUUUGUGUUUGAAAGCAGGAAAGAAAUUUUAUAAUUCACUUCAUUGGUUAGAAUCCCUAACUGAGCACCUUUUAAAACCUGCUGCACAUUGGACUCAAAAGGAAAACUGGACCAACAGUAAUUGAGAAAAUAGACUCUUUUAUUCAUUCGUGGGUACAGUGUAAGCUCCAGUCCCUCUGGAUUUUAUUUCAAACUUUGCUGUAAUAUAAAAAGGAAGUUUACAAGACAUGGCAUUGCUGCUUUUACAAAAGGACAUUCUAUUUAUUUUCGCAGUAAUACUCAUGUCCCUAAAAGCAGAGCUGUCACAGUGUGCACUACCUUGAAUUGUUUUCGUUGUUGUUAUUUUUUCCAGUUUGAGCUAAUGUGUUUUAUUUGUGAAUAGUCUUUUACAUUUUUGUAUGCUGAAUAUGGGCACCAAAGAACCUGUAAAAGUUAUCUUUUUCAAUUGAAUGUGCACAAAUAAAAGUUUGGAAAAGAUCUCUCUUCAUAUCCAUUCUCUAACUUUUAGUCCCCAUUUUCUAUUUUAACAAAAAUUGUAUUCAUGGUUCUUUUUUUAAUCUAUGCAAGCUUCGAUUUUUGCUGAAUUGUGUGGGCUUCUUUUUUUGAAGUGUAUUUUGUAAAUAUAUAUAUAUAUAUAUGCUCCAUGUGUAUAGUAUCUUUUAAUGCUCUGUUACCAAAUAUCAAAUAGGAAUUUUUUCUUGCAGAUUAGAAAUAAAACAUGUACAUAAAUUUUAGAGAACUGCAGUAGGACUUUAUAGAAUAAGCAUAAUGUUUUAUGUUACUAAUUUAAUAUGAUAGAAAUGUUAAAUAUCUUUUGAAGUUGCAAAAUUGUAGUUUUAAAAAGAGAAAAACUCUUGCCUACAAAAUGGAUGUGAGAAAGAAGCCGUGAUGGGUUGUACCUCAUUUGUACCUUUAAUUCUGGAAAGACUCAACUCUGUAGGAAAGUUAAUAAUCUGAGAAGAUUGGUGCUCAAGGCUGAACUAAGAGUCUUGUCAGAAAAUGAUACAUUUGCUGUUUGAACUAGAAGUGCCCACAAGCUGCCUCUGUGCCACAGUGUAAUUAUUAUAUAGUUCACUUUGAACUUGAAAGCCAUUGUACAAGAUAUGUCUUUCCCCUAGCUGUGUCUUAUUUAAUGGAGCUGAAGAGUGACUAGACAGAUUCUUGGAUUGCUACUCUGAGAGUCAUAAUAAAUAUGCAUUUGUGAAACUGUCUGGCUCACCCAUGAGACCUGGAAUGGUGAAACAGAAGGAAGCUGUGGUGUGCUCUGGCUCGGAGUUUAUUAUAACCAGUGAUGAUUUCACCUAGAAAUAAAGCUGAGUGGAGAAUUGGAUUAGCUUUUCAGCAGAAACCUAGAAUAUGUUUCAACACGAUCAAAUCCUGAAUUUUUCCAAAAUGUUUUGAAACCUUUGUGGAAAAUUGCAACAUCGUAACCUCCAUGUUCUUGUAUGUUUUCCUUGGAAAACCUAAUCUCAACAUUGCACUGAACAAUACAUGUACUCUUUUAUGUUUGUUUCGUUUUGAUGCCUUUCCUGGCCCUGCUUUUCACUCCCUCAAAAGUAGGGAGCAAAUGCGAGUUUUUGUAUUUUCUUUCUUGUGAAAGACUUAAUUGUGAUUUUCAGUUUUUCUUUUAACGUUUGUGUUUUAUUUGCUUUAGUUUAAGACCCAGUAGAAUAGGCAACUUCAUCAAAUACAGAGAAGGAAACCUGGUCUGGGUAGACUAACGAUUUUCAAAGUUUAGAGAUCGUCUACGUGGUUUUCCUAUUUAAUGUUCACUACCACCCAGAAAGGCAGGCAAAUACAAUUACAUGUGGCCAGUGUGCAAGUCUAGAUUUAAUAUUUUCAGUAUUUCAGUGAUUUGAAGACUGAGUAGAUUAGUAAGCAUAUUGCCAUGUUUUCUCAGAAGAGGAGGACAGACAAUCUGGCCAGUCUGGUUCCAAGACUGCAACGUGAGCAUCUGCUGGCAAAGUGUCACUAAACUUUUAACAAAGCUGGUAAGAAAUGAGUGUAUCUUGUGUUUUCUGCUGGCUUUUCACAAGUGCUGUAAAUUUUUUAUAAAUAAAAACUGAAUAUAUAA